AUGGCUAUUCGUUUUCCUAGUGUUGUUAAUGCUAAGCAACUUCUGAGAAUGAAGACUGCUUUGAAUAAUGGUAGAGAUGUUCCCAAGGGCUGUUGUGCGGUUUACGUUGGAGAGAACCAAAAGAAACGUUUUGUGAUUCCGGUUUCGUAUCUGAACCACCAUGAGUUCAGGGCUUUGCUGAGUCAAGCUGUGGAGGAAUAUGGAUAUAGCCAUCCCAUGGGGGGACUCACCAUUCCAUGCCGAGAAGACAUCUUCGUUAAUCUCACUUCUCGCUUAAGUGGAUGA